AUGUUCAGAUUGCAUGUUCCUUUCUCGAUCUCUUCAUCAGGUCCUAGUGAGAACCUUACAGAAACAGAUGGGUAUUUCUGCAGGUAACUAUUAGUAAUAAUAUUACUUAUUACGUUGUUAUAAAUGACUUGAAUGUAAUAAACAUGUGGUUGAAAUAAGUUCAUGUAUGUUGGCAGUUGAAGUGAACAGAUAGUUCCUCAUUUUUUGUGGUAACAGAUAGGAAAUCGACACUUUCUGUUAACAAAUGUCUCUCAUUCAGCUACACCCACUAUAACAAGGUAAUGGUAUUUACAGUGGAGCAUGGUUUUUUCUUUCAGCAGUUCUUUCUCUAUGGACCCUGCGGAGGAGUAUAAGAUGGACCACAAGCGGCGAGGCAUGGCUCUCAUCUUCAACCAGGAGCGCUUCUUCUGGCGUCUGGGGAUGCAUGAACCGCAACGGGACCAAUGCUGACCGCUACAACCUGGUCAAAAGGUAUACAUGGCAUCAGAUAUGACCAUGCUUUAUAACUCCCUAUAGACCGGUUCAGUCAACUGUAGUGCUGAUGUAAUUGUUUAAAAAGUUCAUGCCUAAACAUGUUUGACACUAGAUUUUUCUGAUUCAGAUUUCAGGACUUGAACUUUGAAGUGCAGGCCUAUGAUAAUCUGAAGGUGGAGGAAGUUCUGGAUAAAAUCAGUGAGGGUAAGCAGCACUUCAAGUCAUUCGAUACCACCUCAAAUAAUCAGCUUAACAUUCAUUCCACAGUGUAUCAGUCACAGUCAGUAUUAUACUUCAGAAUAAUAAAUCAUACGUCUGAUAUUCUAUAGCUGCUGAGGACAACCAUGCAGAUGCAGACUGCUUCGUGUGCGUCUUUCUGAGCCACGGAGAGAGCAACUACGUCUAUGCUUACGACGACAAGAUCUCCAUCCAGGACAUCACUGCCCUGUUCAAAGGAGACAAGUGUAAGAGCCUGGUGGGCAAGCCUAAGAUCUUCAUACUGCAGGUAAACAGUCAGAUGAUGCCUUUGAAUAGAACCAUUUUAGAUGGAAACCUUUUACAUUCAGUACUGUUGACUCAUAGACCAAUAUCUGAUGCGUGGGGGCCGGUGAAGGCAAAUCUUCCUCAGACGCCAUACUAUUAUUUUCCAUUCUAUUUGUAAAAAUUUGAUCCACAUAACCAAAAAUAUAUACUGCUAAAUCAAAACAAAUUCUAUAUAACACGACCAUCAUAUUAAUUGACGUUUUGACUGUUUUAUGUUUCUGAUUUGAUUGACACCGACAGGCGUGCCGUGGGGAGAAACAUGACGAACCAGUGACCCCCAUGGACGUGGUGGACAGCGAAGUAAAGACCAACGAGGUGGUGGUGGACGCUGGGGUGGUCUACACCCUCCCUGCUGGCGCUGACUUCAUCAUGUGCUACUCUGUGGCUGAAGGUGAGGAAGACAUGGCACAGCUGAGAUAGUCCAUUACCAAAAACCAAAAUAAAUACUAUAAAAAUUGUGGUUGUAAAUGAGGAUAGAUGCAUAGGCCAGUGAUGCAGAGAGAAUAAAGACAUCAAUUCAUUAUUUUAAUUCCUUAUCAACAGACUCCGUUACUAUUUUGUACCCAACUCCUUCUUACUGUAACUUGUAUACAGUUAUGCUGUUUAGACAAUAUCCAAAAUAACUGCUUCCUUGUGUUAGUGUUAUGGCGUUUGAUCACUUGAUUAUGUUUUGCUUCUCACUUGGAUUAAUGGAAUUCAGAUCUAACUGACAUACACGUACCCUGUCUCCCUGUGUGUUUGUGCAGGUUACUAUUCCCACCGCGAGACGAUCAAUGGCUCCUGGUACAUCCAGGACCUGUGUGGGGCCGUCUGCAAGUUCGGGGAUUCCCUGGAGUUCACGGAGCUCCUGACCCUGGUCAACAGGAAGGUGUCCAUGAGGAGCGUCGGGAAUUGUAACGACCGGACCGCCAUCGGGAAGAAACAGGUCCCCUGCUUCGCUUCCAUGCUCACCAAGAAGCUCUACUUCCGACCCAAGAAGCAGUAA